UGGCUGGGGUCAGGGUUUAAAAAAACUCGCCUUGAAUUUUCACUACGAUUUCCAUGUAAAGUAAAACAGUCUUCAUAUUUAAAUUGAAAAAUUGAAACUUGGGUGAACCUCAAGGAAAAAAUGAAAAAAUAAAUGACAACUAACCCCCAAAAGGCGACCUACGGUCUGCUGGUACAUUUGGAAUACUUGCACGCAAUUAAUUUUUGAUGUAAAAAAAUUUUAGUAAAAAGUUUCCCUAUUUUUAAAUUUCAAGCAGAAGCGAUCCGAGAGAAACAACCGAUAACACAAUUUUCCUCAUCGAAUGAAGAUUUCACUCUUCACUGACAAAAGACAUUUAAGAUUUUUGUGUACGGGUUAAAAGUCACUAGAAUUUAUCAAUGACACGCGUUUGCGAUAAAGGAUUGUGUUGCUCCAGAUUGAACCAGCUGAUUUAGUCCCUUUUUCUCUCUCCAAUAUAUUUUGUGUGGUUGCUUGGUUUGAGCACUCUGUGAGCUUAUUAAUGGAGCGCAAAUUGUUGUUAUUUAUCUGCACCUGCCUGUGCGUCGGCAUUGACCCCGUCCGGCUCAACAACAUUGACGGAUAUAAAGUAAUUAAUUUGGCCGACUGCUGGAAUAAUGGAAGAAACAAAGAAAAUAUCUCCACUCCAGUUUUCUAUGUCAACGAGGAAAAUCUUAGUUUCGAUGAUUGUGGUCUGUGGAGCCAUGGCGUAAAUAUUCCUCCUUGGAUCAUAAAUAUCGUGAUAGAUAAAGAUAUUGACAAGUAUUGUCGCGGCGUGCUCUUAUCACAGCAAACAAUCAUCACUAAUGAUAUUUGCCACAUGGAUAAAGUAGACAUGCGUGAAAUAAAUAUAUUUGGCGGCAAUUGUGUAAAUGAUGAAGGAGGACGAUGCUUUAAAGGGCGACACCGUAUUAGUCAAAAAGUGUUAAGUCUCAAGAAGGUGGAAAUUCAAAUCGGCAGAUUUUUCUCCAACAUUGUCAAUAUUUUAGAGGUUCAAAAUCUUACUCUGACAGGCAGCUUGAAACCUGUCUGUUUGUGGAACAGAAACAACAAAAAUGACUCUUUGGAGAAUUUUUUCAUCUACGAUUUUCAUCAGGGUAAAGUAAAAGUAACAGAUUUUCUUGUUGAAGAUAGUUGCUUCACCAAUGCAAUUUCAAAAAGGAAGUGCGAUCUUUUGGGGCACUCGAUUUGCACGCAGACAAAUGGGCAAAGUUCAAAGGACGACUUUCUAUUUAUCAAGAAAUAUAACCGUUUCUUUCUGCGGGGAAUGAAAUUGAACGAAGGCAAUCAAAAGUCUGAGUGGCUUGAUUUACUCCCGCACAUUGCCCAAAUAGUCUCGGAGACUCCCGACCUGGCUGUCAUGCCGCCAAUACACGAGCCAAAGAACAAAAUCGAUUUUGGAAAGAAUCAGAGUUUUCCCAACUGUGGCAAAGUGAAAGUCGGUCUUUCGGGAAAAUACACACAUCACCGAAAUGGCACUGAAGCAGUGCAAGGCUUAAAUCCUUGGCAUGCAAGUCUAACCCGUCAUUCCGAAUCGGGGCCUUUGCAGUUCGACUUCUGCGGAGCAACCCUCAUUUCUAAAAGGACCCUUAUUACAGCGGCGCACUGUUUGUUUCACAACGGAAAUUUAUGGCCAGCGAGGAAUUUAGAAGUGACUUUUGGAAUGCACGACGCGUCAAAAUACUACGAAGCGUCAAGACAAAGAGCAAUGGCUUCUGAGAUUUUUAUUCACCCUGGCUACAAUCACAGCGCAGAAGACUUGAAAGACGACAUUGCCCUGAUCGUCUUGGCGCAAAAUAACCAGAUCCGAUUUACUGACCACGUGCAACCUAUUUGUCUGUGGAACGACCUUUACCAACUUGGUGCAAUCGUCAACAAAACAGGACAAGUGGUUGGUUGGGGUUUGACCGCCGAGAACGUGCAGGCUUCCAUUCUGCAACAGGCUGAUUUGCGAGUGGUCUCUUAUGAGGAGUGCUAUAUGAGCAAAAGGCUCUUUUUUUCGCUCAACCUGCGCCCCGGAGAAAACUUCUGCGUCAGUCGCACUUCCAAUCAGACAGGGGUGUGCAAGGGAGACAGUGGUGGUGGGUUUGUCAUUUACGACCCUUCACAAAACCGCCACUUUUUGCGAGGGGUCGUCAGCAUGGGUCGCACCCGGACGGUGACCUCGAGUGACGGCAACACGGUUGAAACGUGCUACCCAAAUUACAACGCUCUCUUCACCGACAUCACGAAUUGCAUGCAGUGGAUUGUGCACAACUCGCCCGGCAUCACCGCAUAGUCAACAUUAUAGAAAACAAUCGAUUAAAAAAAAAAUUUACUUCAAAAACCUAAUAGUAUUCAUUAUUCACGUAAACCAAAAUUUUAAGCAGAAAAUCAUGAAGGAUCUUGAAUAAAUAUGCAAACUAAAACUCGACUAAUUUAAUUAAAAGUGUCAUUUUUCAACGCGUUCUUUUUUUUAAUUUUAUUUCAUGCGACAUUCAAAAAUCCACGCAAAUGAAAGUGAACGGGUCAGAUGAUCUACCCAAAUUAAAUUCCGGCGCCCCACUAGCAUUGUUAAGAGAAGUAUACGUGACCAGCGAACCAAUAUCGAAGGCUCCAUUUCUAUUAUAUAUUAUUGUGAAACUUGGGAUGAGUUUUUGAGGGAAAAAAUUAGUUUGGUUUUGGCAAUCGUAGCUGAGCCCACUUGUCAGGUCGAUCACAACACCAUUUGUCAUUGACCAGUAUUUGGUUGUAAAAGUUGUAAUCGCCAACGCAGCUUCAAAGAAAUUUUCAUUAUAAGAGAUUUGAUAACAAAUCGAUUCGAAAACGUACAAACCGCUUUGGCACAAUUUGUAGCUCUGACAUAAUUCCACGGUGACACUAAUCGCAUUCCUAACCCGCAGCAAGUACCCACUGCAUCUGAGUAAGGAGACGGCUGUCAUAAAAAUAUUAAUUUCGUCUUACAAAUUUCAUUAAAUGCUUCACAUUUACAUUUCGAAACUGUAUUAAAAUAAGUUUUGAAUCAUUGCAUUUGCAGACCCAAGAUCCGUUGACAUAGUCAAUGCAUGUUGACACAUCUAAAAGUGUUCAAAAAAUAAACUUAAAUUGAAUUUUGUUCAAAUUAAUCGGGUACUCAUAGAUAAUGAGGUUAAAUUGUUCCUCGCAGCUACCUAGAUUCAAAAUUUGAAAUUAGUCAAAUAUGGUUAUUGAAAAUUUUCAAAUUUCAUACGUCGAUGGUACAUGUAGAAUUUGCACAUCUGGAAGCUGCCGAAACUAGUUGAUUAGUCUAUAAAAUAAAUUAUUUAAAAAAUGUAAAUAUUAUGUCCAAUUUGAUUGAUCACGUCUGUCGUCUGAUUGUUCAUGUUUGUGACGAUGUUGUCAAAAAUCGCUGGCGCUUUGUCCCUCGCGCAUUUCGCCGUCUGAUACGCCUGAUCGCACUCAUCCAUUCCAGCUUUUUUAUUUAUUUAUUUAUACAAUUUUUUUUUGAAAAUAAUUAAUUGGUGCUCUAAAUUUUAGUUAUCCUACAAGCAUUGCUGUUGCAACCAUCCACAAUGGCCGUGCUGUUCAUUAGCGCGUCAGUGUUCUGCAUGGCCAUGAGCUCGAGCAUUGCGAAAACUGCGCUUGCCACAAAUUUACCUCCAACCAGCUUUUAAGUUUAAAAUUCAACCUUCAAAUAUUCUGUAUAUUAAUUUGUCUCAUGUACC